AUGGAUGUCGAAUCCGGCGUUCGCGUUCUAGCAGAGCGACCUGCAGAUGAUUUUGAGCCAACAGAAGAGGAGGUGAAAAAUUAUGCAGAAUGGUUAGGCCUGGACCCCAAGGAAGACACGGACUUAAUGUACUUGGCAAAAGAGGGGUUAAAAGCCCCUCUGAAGGAUGGCUGGAAGCCAUGCACCAACUCAGACAAUGAGAUUUUCUACUUCAACUUCCUGACUGGUCAGACCUCUUGGACUCAUCCAGCCGAUGAGGCUUAUAGAACCAUGGUUCAGGAAAAGAAAAGAGCGCGAGGACAGGCAGUGGGUGUGCCAGUUGUACACGCUCCUUACAGCGGCGUUGGUCACAUUCCAGUGGAGGGACAGCCCGCAGGCUUUUGCGGACUGGCCCGGCGGAUACUGUCUUGCUGUCGUCGCAGAGACUUGCACUCUCACACGCAGUAA